AGACAGGAAAGCAUCAUCGAUGUGUAUUAAUGAAGCCGAGGCACGGAUCGACCGGGUCUGCGCGCGCGCCAGCCAGUGUUACCGCGCAUUUCAAACGAUACACUCGCGAACUGCAAAUGUAUUUUCCAAAAACUCCUCAGGUCGAUGACACAAGUUCGGAAGGACUCGAAAUGUUACGGUUUUAAUCGAUUCUCGUACAGAUGAUCGAUUUGCUGAGAUGUUAAACGUAUAUUAAAAGAAGUAUAUAUGUCUAUAGAUAAAAUAAAAACAAUCAAAAUGUAUACGAAAGUGUUAGUGAUGUUAAUGGCAGUAUCGCUGAUGCCGAUGGUCCUCUCAAGAUCGAGAAGAUACUCCAAGACGCAGGCAAACUCAUUGUACAAGAUCAGAUGUGACCUCAAGUGUAUCGAUUUAAAUAAAGAGGAUAAACCUGUUUGCAAAGCACACUGCCGUUUGAACGAGAAGAAACCGGGGACGUGUCCAAUAUCUGACACGCCGAAGUGGGAGGCUGCUUGUGUGGAAGCAUGCAACGCCGACUCACAGUGUGAUGGCACGCAAAGAUGCUGCCGCCAUUCCUGUGGGUCUACUUGCAGCGAACCCACCGACCUUUUAACUGUACCAGGUCUCCCCGCGUUGCCGACGAUUGAGGAGCCUAAAGAAAAAAAGAGGUCUGUUGUGAUCAGAUGGUCGGACGGAGUGGGUGAUGCAGCAAGAGCGGUUCCUGGACCUGUUUUCUACGUGCUAGAGGAGCAACACCAUCUGGGACCGAAGUACGAGGAGAUGAGACUUGGUGAUUGGAAUUUACUAUUGAGAACGAAUAAAACCAAAGUAUCUUUACGAAAUGCUCUGAAACCCGGCCGUUGGUACCGGUUCCGAGUAGCAGCAGUAAGUUCAUCGGGAACGAGAGGAUUUUCUGCUCCAAGCCCUCCAUUCACACCACGACGGGGACCACGUCCUCCUCCAUCCCCCAAGAAGCUGAAAGUUCGUCCUGUAAGAGAACAUAACGGAACCGUCACUGUGAGAUUGGAAUGGAAGGAGCCACACUCCGACUUACCAGUGAUGCGGUACAAGGUCUUUUGGAGUAGGCGUGUCAAAGGCUUGGGAGGAGAAUUGGACUCAGUGCUGGUUAACCAUCAAACGGUGCCCAAGGACCAAAAUUACAUUGAAAUCAAGGACUUACAGCCAAACUCGAUGUACUUCUUGCAAGUACAAACGAUCAGUCAGUUUGGUCUUGGUAAACUUCGCAGUGACAAGGCGUCUAUUUUCUACAACACUACAUCUACAGGGCGACUUGAAUCACCUCCAGAACCGCUUCAAAGACGUGACAAUAAGAAGAUAAAAGGUCUCAGCUUACACAAAAUUGUGUGGUACAAUAACAAGUUAAAGGCUAGAAUCGCUUGGCAGCCUCUCCCUAGUGUUUACGAGCAACCCGGAAGGUAUUACAUCCAUUGGAAAGCGAUUAAGUGCAAAAAUCCCAAAAAGUUACGCAAAGAAGGCCUAACUGCUACGACUGAGGACACGACCUUCGAACUAUAUGAGUUAAACUACCAGUGUAUUUAUAAGGUGAACGUUAAUUCUACGCCGCGUGUGAAAACUCCAGAUUCAGAUCUUACAGUGACUGUUCCUGGGUGUGAAUAUUUUAAAAAAAGAGUCGCUAAUAGUACAGUUAUAAACUGUGACGGACAUAAUUAAUUUGUAUUAAAAAUAUUCUAAGUGUAUCUUGACUGUUAAUUUUAUUACUCACGUGUCGAGUUUCGAUCACCUAACCAUCUUAUAAAAAUAAUUUACUUAAAACAACUUGAUGAGAAAAUAAUAGCAGCCUUUAAUUGUUUUUAUUAUAAUGCUAGGUGAAAUAAUAUGUUAAUAAUAUUAUAGUAUUGUAAAAACAUAGCUUUUAAGUUGUUGGAAAAGAGUUAUCGAGGAUUCACACUUUUUGUAUGGUAAAUGUUGUCAGUGAAAACAUAAAGAAAU